UGCUAACACUUUUAAAAAAGAUUAACCGAAAAUACAUUCAGGUGUUUAAAUGUGUUGUGGAACAUUUAAUGUAGGUAUGUGAUGACAGUGAUCAGUACCAGGGGUCUCUAGAGAUUUCCUCGUCAUGAUGACGUCAACAAUACUACUAUACCUGCUCGUGCUCUCCAUCACUGUUACCACAGUGUAUAGCCAGUGUGGUGGAACAGCUCUUGUCUUGACUGCAAACAGUACAUACCAGAACUUUACAUCUCCUAACUAUCCUACAUCUUAUAGCAAUCAACAGUCGUGUGAAUGGCGUAUAGAAGCAGACGACAGUAGUCACGCUAUCAGACUGGAGGUUUUUGAAGCAGAUAUAGAGUAUCAUGCCAAAUGUGUCAACGACUACGGCGAGGUAUUCGAUGGUGAUAACGUAAACGCUACGUCACUAGGAACGUUCUGUGGUACGUCUACCCCGAAUUACGUCACUACUGAUAGCAACAUGACUGUUACCUUUAUCUCGGAUUAUAGCGUCACGAGAACUGGAUUUGCAGCCAGAUAUAUAUCCGGACCAAGAUCUAGUCUAUUAGAUGACGAAGAGGAAGCAAAGGGGAUAAUGUUGUUUAUCAUAAUUGGCGCAGCAUCGGGUGUAGUUGUUAUUUUAAUUGUCACUCUGAUAGUUUGUCACAAAUGGAAGAAAUCUAAGAGAGCAAGAGAAAAACAAGCGUGUCAAAUUGAAGUACAACCGUUCCAUGUAGCCAGCAAAUGGAGUACUCGCAAUCGUGGUAUCGAUGCCCCACCUAUGUUUGGAAAUGGAGGAGUUUCAACGCUUUCCCCGCCUCCACGAUACAGUGACGUUGGGCUACAUCCGACACCAGGAAAUGCAGCAGGACAAACUGAUGGGGUACCAAAUACACGUUUCGUCGUUCCAGAAAACUUUCGAAUGGCAACAACACAAAUAGGUGGCACCACUAAUGGAGUUCUUCCAAACGGAAAUGCUGGUGUUGUUACGACGAAUAUUACAAGUAACACACAAUCAGACCCCUUGCCGAAUGACAAUAACAGUCCUGAAAAUCCAACCGUCCCACCUCUGAACCUGGCGGGCCAGUCGAGUUCCUCACCUGUACCGGCCCCAGCACCGGCACCUGUAUUAACAAAUCAACAGCCGCCUCUCAUGCCACGGCGUAAUGUUCCUGGUCAAACUCUCAGUGAAGCUCUGUCUAGUAGUGAUGACGAUUCAGAUACAGAUUCUGAUGACUCAUUUGACUAUAUAGAAGCAUGAGAAGUUACUUAAUCCAGUUUUGUUUAUAUUCAUUAUUACAAGCCUAUCAUACAGCUUAAAUGGAUUAACUUUAUAAUAUUACGGCGUUAUGCCCCAUGACAAAUCUACAUUUUAUUCAAUGAAAAUACAGAAAUAAAAUAAUCUAUAUUUCGUUUCAAAGAAAAACUAUCAUUGACUUGUUAUCAUAUGCUCUUAGUAUCAUUAAGAAUCUUUAACAGUGAAACCAGUCUUUAUCCUGCUAUUGAAAAUAGCAUGUGAUAUCAGCUGAUAUGUGCUGGAUUACGCCUUUCCGGAUAAUCCAGCCAUUACUUCACAUGGUUCA